CUCUGGAGGCAAAAGAAAGCCAGGAAGAAGCAACAUUCUUCUCUAUAGCGGACAACUACAUGGAAUGCCAUACAUCCUCUCGUCCUUGAACCGCCACUGUUUGUUCUCUUUAUUCUCAUUGUUUUCUAGACUCAAGUCCUGCAUCCGGAGAUACUUCUUUCUUCCCUCUUUAAGAUGUGACACUCGACGUCUGAACCAUCCCCAUCUCUUUCCCCAUCCUCAGACCUCACCUCAUCUCAUCUCAUCUCACUUCAUCUCAUUUCAUCUCAUCUUCUCUCCUCUUCUCUUCUCUUCUCUUCUCCCGCCCAGCUUAACUCUCCUCCCUUCACCUUCGCCUUCACCUACACGCUUCAGCUGUCCUCACGCGCUCUUCCUCCAAUACCUACUAUUCAUAGCGCCCUCCCGCCGCGCGCUUGUUCCAAAUCCCUCGCCCCGCCACCCAAUCGUUGCUCGUAUACGCCCACUCUGCAUGUUUCUCCUCAGCUGCCCCAAUCAAUUGAGCUGUCGAUGACCUUGCCUUGUCCGCUCUGGGUUUGUUUGCCGCUUGCCUCCUCACCACGGCAUCCCCGACGCGCGAAGGGAUGCCGAGGGGCG